AUGGCACCACGCCCCUCCAUCACCGGCUUUGACCCUAAGAAGUUCGCCGCCGCCGCUGCUAACGGCACAAAGGGCGACCCCUGGGCGCGAUAUGAGCAAUGGCGAUACACCGGUCCCUUCACCCGCUUCAACCGUUUUAAGGGCUCCUUCCCCGGCCUCGGCAUAGCGACUGUUGCCUUUGCCGGAUAUGUUGUUGCUGAGCAGCUCUUCUUCCAGGACAAGGGACAUCACGAUGACCACGCAUAA